UCAGAGAGCAGUAAUCUUGCUGAUGUGCGGCACAUCAUCCUGGUGUUGUCGGGUAAAGGAGGAGUCGGUAAGAGUACCAUUUCCACAGAGAUCGCACUGGCACUGCGCCAUGCUGGAAAAAAGGUUGGAAUUCUGGAUGUAGAUUUGUGUGGGCCCAGCAUACCGCGCAUGCUGAAUGCUCACAAUAAGGAUGUCCACCAGUGUGACAGUGGCUGGGUGCCGGUCUUCGUGGACCAAGAGAUGAGCAUCUCCCUUAUGUCUGUUGGCUUCCUGCUGGAGCGACCUGAUGAUGCUGUGGUAUGGAGAGGACCCAAGAAGAAUGCUCUAAUAAAACAAUUUGUCAACGAUGUGGUCUGGGGAGAACUGGAUUUCCUUAUUGUGGACACCCCACCAGGAACGUCAGAUGAGCAUAUAUCCACAAUGGAUGCUCUGCGGCCCUUCCAUCCAAUGGGAGCUGUAUUGGUCACCACUCCACAGGCUGUAUCCAUUGGUGAUGUCAGACGGGAGCUGACCUUCUGUAAGAAGAUGUCUCUUCCUGUCAUUGGAAUUGUAGAGAACAUGAGUGGAUUUGUGUGUCCACAUUGCACGGAAUGCACCAACAUUUUCUCCAAGGGUGGUGGCGAAGAGCUAGCAAAGCAUGCUGGAGUCCCAUUUCUGGGAUGUGUCCCUCUUGAUCCCAGCCUGACCCAAAGUCUGGAGGAUGGCAAGGAUUUUCUCCAAGAAUUUCCCAAGAGUUCAACAUAUGCAUCCAUCACCAGCAUUGCCCAGCAAAUUUUGGACAAAGCUGCUAAUUCCUCAUCUUGA